AUGCCAAGCGAGAAGCAGGUGGACGACAGUGACGAGGCCAAUGCCAAGGAGCCCGUGACAUCAGCCAAAAAAGAAGAGGAAGAAUCCCAAGACAACGAGAAGGAGGAGGGGGCUGAGGAUGGGAGCCUAGAUGCGAGGGAGGAAGACAAGCCAGAAGAGGCAAAAAACAAGGACCAGGUGAAAAAGGAGGAGGAUGGGAGCCAAGAUGUGAAGGAAGAGGACAAGCCAGCCCCCCAGGACACCAGAGUUCCGAAAGGAAAGCAAGCAAAAGAGGCAAAGGAAGCCAAGAGGGAGGAGACCAAGGAAGAUCAGGAAGAGUACGAGGAAGAAGGAGUGCCUUAUGAAGACCUUCACAACGUCCUAGGAAGGAAGGCGCCUUUAGAGCAGCGCCACGCCAUCUGUGCCACGAUCAGUACGGCCGUGGCCCUCUUCUCUGGCUUCUUCAACAUCUUGCAGCUCACGGCCAUUGACGACUUCGACCUUCCAGGUCGCGAAAACAACUUCACUCUCAACUUGUCCCGGCCGAUAGAGUGGAUUGCAACGUGCCCCAUCAUGCAGCUGAAGCUGGUGGUCCUUGCAGGUUCACGUGUGCCGAGCUAUCGCCGGUUCAUGAUGCCCUUGAUCUCGGUGGCCGUGCUUCUUUGUGGAACGGCCUCGAUGUUCACAGGAGAUGCUCUCCGCUUUGCCUGGUAUGGCUUCGGGCUCUCCCUGGCAUGUAUCAUGUUCUACCACAACGCCUUGCAGAUCAAGGAGAACAGCGAGGGUGAAGAGUCUCUUUUCAGUGGAGACUCGGACUUCCGCAAACUCUCCAUCACCCUGAUCGUCACCUGGUUCCCUUUCCCGCUGUGGUUCAGCUUGAGUGUGGAGGGCUUCGGACUCAUCACGGAUGGCUUCAUCAUUGAGACCCUGGUCCGCAAAUCCUGGGCCUAUUUGGGAGAUUCGGUGGCCACUACCUCGCCGGAAUCGGCUGCAGAAUUCGAGCACACUGGCACCACCUAUGUGAGCAGCUUGGAGCAUACGGGCGACGGACGCACCUUGAAGAAAGCCAAUUCCUACCUUUCUCAGUGCACGACGCUCAGUGCCGGCUUGAGCCACUUGAGCCACGAGGGUGUCAGCGUGGUGUCGGAGUCGCAUCCAUCAGUUCCUGACCUCAAUGCCAUCAAGCCCGAUGUUGAGAACGCUGUUGGGGUGGAGCCCUGUGGCGAAGUGAUCAGUAUCUGGACGUUUCGCACCAUCGGGAUUGUCAUAAAUGGCUUCAUGCUGGCCUUCCUGAGCGCCACAUGCACCGGGGUUACAUACGGUUUCUUCCUUGGCUAUAUGGGACUGGACUCCUACGUGAUGUCCUCCAUUACAGCACUUAUGAAGCUUCCAGACGUGUUGCUUCUCCCAUAUGGCGUGAUAUCCGACUGUUUCCCCAUCUGUGGCAAGAACAGGAAAUCCUGGCUGCUGGUCGCAUGGACCGUCGUGGCAGCUGCCCUCCUCGCUAUGAGUCUGAAGCCGCAACCUCCCCCAAUGUACUGCCAAUACGAGAACGGCGAGUACAACUGGGACGUGCCUCCAUGCAACCCUCAGAUUCAGGACGAGAAGAAUUGGUACAUCUUCCCAAUGUUCAUCCUGACGGCAGGUCUUCAGCUGGGCAGUGUGAAUGGUCAGGCCCUACUUCUGGAGUAUUCCCAGCGUGAGCCAAUUGAGCGCCGCGGGCAUAUCAAGGCCAACAUGGCCAUGGUUUGCACGGCCGGUGGCUUGGUUUCCUCUUUGGUCAUUGGCAUCUGCAUGAACAGCAAGGCCUACUUGGGCACCUUCGACUGGGGCUUGUCCUUCAGUGGCUUGAUGACGGUUUGCUUGGUCUUAGUCAUCUGCAUGGUGCCAGUGACCGUAUGUUGCGUCUACGAGCCACCGAGAUCUUCGCAACGCCUUUCGAGCCGCGCCCACAUCAAGGGCUCUUGGGGCCUCGUCCAGAAGAAAGCUCUCUCGAGCCUUCUGUUCUUCGCCUUCUUCGUCCAGUUUCUGGUCUCCCUGACGACGACAGCAGGGCCGAUGGUCCGGAGCCAGUGGGCGCAUGUCAAAGUUCUCCAGCAGCAGAUGUUCGGCAUGCUGGGCAUGGGCGUCAUGAUGGCGGCCACCUAUGUCUACAAGACAUCCUUUCUCCAGAUGAGCUGGAGAAAGACCAUCCUCAUCGCUAUCGUCUCGGUGAAUGUGCUCGAUGCAAUCCCGCAAUUUCUGGCUGCUUUCGAUGUGGUGCGGAAUCAAUACUUCUACCUUGGCGAAGACGUUGUCAGCUCCAUUCCGAACGCCAUGUUGCAAUUGGUGUCUAACCUGAUGAUCAUCGAGCUCACCGAGCAUGGCCGCGAAGGUCUUUGCUAUGGCCUGAUUGGCACGCUGCAGCAAUCCGCUUUGCCCUUCGCCACCGUCAUCAGCAACCAGGUCUAUGGGCUCUUCGACCCGAAGCUUUCCAGCCUGGAGAACUACAUCUUGGACACCCCCGAGUUCCGAUCGACGGUGGCAUGGUCUUACGUGCUUACCUACAGCACUUCCUUCCUUGCCUUGGCUCUGCUGCCGAUGAUUCCAUGGCAGAAGGCCGAGGCCCACAGGCGGAAGCGGGAGUGGAGCUCCAACUCUGCCAUGGGGGUCUUCGUUCUUCUGAUCCCGGCGGUGUGUUUAGUCUAUGGAGUCAUUGUCUUGAUGCUCACCAGCCAGCCUGAGACAGCUUGCCUGAAGUGGGUGGGUGGGAUGGGCUGGGUAGUGCUGAAUAUCAUCUCAAAGUUCCUCUUCAUCAUCUGGCUGCAGCGGAUGAAGAUGGUGCACCAGAGGAAGAUCGAGGCGGCUCGUGAGCUUUACGGUUUGUCCCCGUCAGAGGACAUCAACGAGGAAGAGCUCAAGGUGAAAGCUUUGAAGACGAGCAGCGUAAACAACAUCUCCGGCGUGAACGCCGAUGCCUACGGCCUGGGUCAAGGAGAGGAGGCUGACAGUGAGACGAAGCUGGUAGAGCUCGUUGCUGAGACCAUGGUGACGCUGGGGUUGAGCACGCACACGGAUCGCCUGCUCAGGCUUAUGGUCGAGAAUGGUGUCACCAACACUGCCGUCCUAGAGCGCCUCAACGCCGAACGGUGCAUGGAACUGAACCUGCCCUACGCACUCGUCGAAGCCACCCAGAAGCGCUGGAUCGCUGAGAAGAUGAACAUGGGCCAGGACCAGGGCGGUUCCAUUGAGAAGGAGGAUCCUUUCAAGAAGCUCCUUGAGGCCAACAAGGAGCGCAUGACAGGCAAGAACCUUCUGAACGCACUGCCUGGCGGCAUGAACAGCCCACGGGCAAGUAUUGGUGGCAUGGGUGGCCUGAAUGUGGAUUUUGGCAGCAUGGAGGAUCAGAUGCUUGCGACGAUGAAUCGGGCCCUGAUGCCUCUGCAGGACCUGGUUCUGUCUCGCUUGCAGGCCAUGGAGGACAACCUGCAACGGCAGCUGGAGACCACACAGGAAGCGAUCUCCCAGCGCAUGGAUUUCUCGCAGGUUGCACUUUUGCAGACCGUGAAUGCCUGCCAAGUGUUGCUCCACAAGCUGGACUCAUCACAGGAGACGGUGAUGCAGAAGAUGGACACCCAGAAAACCACGGUAGACCAGAUGGUCAGCUCGUACGCUGGCCUGGUCAAAAACAUCGACGGCGCCAGCGACAGCACCAAACAGGCAUUGUUGGACACCGUGAACACCUCAUCCUCCGCCUUACUGCAGAAGCUGGAU